AUGAGCACUGUUUUCCUUUGGGUCAUACUUGUUUAUCCUUUGACAUUCUAUAUUUCAACCCAAAAAGAGGAAUUCUAUAAAGCAGUAGUGUUUAAUAAACAUUAUAUAACAAAAAAAGGAUCUUUAGAAAUGAUGCCUAAAAUACAAACAUUAUAUAUUAAACAUUUAAAACCAUUUCCUGAAGUCGAAGAAUUUAUAGAAGAAAGUAUCAAACAUUAUAAUUUAGGCUUGAUAAUAAUAGAAGAGUCAAUGAAAAAGGCAUUGGAAAAAUAUUCUGAAUUAAAACCAGAAGUUAAAGGAAUACUAAUUGGUGUAAGAAAUGAUUUGCAUGGAGAUUGGCCUCAAUUUAUGUAUACUUCUAUUGGUGGAAUUAAUAAUACGUUUCCCAAUUCAACUCUAACAAAUCCAUUAAAAUUUUGUGGAUUUGAUCCUGCUUGGAUGUUAACUGAUGAAAAACAAGAAGUACUUCAUAAUGAAUUAGACAAGUUAAAGGUAGAACUAAUGGCUGCACAUUCAAGAAACAAUCUUAUAAUUUGUUCAAAUAUGAAACCAUUAACUGUGGGGGAAACCAAUAUACAUAAUAAGUUCAGAUGUCAGUGA